CUAUUGCCUUGGUGCAGAACACGGAGCAGGAGCAAGAAACUUUUCUGCAAAUUAGGCACUUUUAAUAUUCGUUUGCCACACGUCGACCGCCGCGGUUGUUGCCGGGAAUCCGGAGUUCCGAGCGCCACUGAGAUUAGACCCGUCGUUUUGUGUACAUAGUGCGUUUGUUUCGCGUCAUCGUUCUAAACUUGGAGGAGGCUCAUCCGGAGUACAAAGAUUGAGCCAGUGACGAACCACCACCUUCACCUUGAGCAAGUGCAACUGGGCUGGAGAAGGGCUGUUGGCAACAAAAGCGCUCCCACGACGACAGUGUUUUUGUAAAGCAGUCACCCCCACUUAUUGUGAUAUUGAUCGGUUUAGUUACAUAAAGUUAAUAAAUAUAGCAAUAAAUAAAAAAAAGUCAUCAUGUCCGGCAAAAGUAUUAUGAACAAGUUUGUGCUGCGGAACAUUGUCCAGGCGGCGGUCAGCUGCUCGUACUUUUGCGUGUUCUACCUGAUGCUUCUGUGCCUGCUGGAUACGGCCGGGGUCGGCGCGAACAAGAUGCCCGAGGAGGACAUCUCGAUGGUGACGGAGUUGAGCAACCCCAACGUCGAAAGCAGUGGAAGUCCGGGCGAGAAAAAGUCCUCCGCCGGCGGCGGCCUCCUCUCGUCGGACGUGGGCUUCAUGCACGCCUUCAUCGCGUCCUUCUCGGUGAUUAUCGUGUCCGAGCUGGGCGACAAGACGUUCUUCAUCGCGGCGAUCAUGGCCAUGCGGCAUCCCCGGCUGACGGUGUUUGCCGGUGCGAUCGCCGCCCUGGCCCUGAUGACAGUGCUGUCGGCGGUAUUUGGAAUGGCCGCCACCAUCAUUCCGCGCGUUUACACGUACUACAUCUCGACGGCGCUGUUUGCCCUGUUUGGGCUGAAGAUGCUCAAGGAGGGCUACUACAUGUCGGCGACGGAAGCGGCCGAAGAGCUGGAGGAGGUGCAGUCGGAUCUGCGGAAACGCGAGGACGAGCUGAUGCGCUCGCUCAACGGAAGCCGCAAAGAAACGGUGGAACUGGUUCCGCUGAACGAGCACCUCGGCAGCGGUGGUACCACCUCCCCAAUGGGACCCAACGGCGGCGGAAGCGCCCUCAACGGAUCGAUCCACUCGCUCGUCUCGAACGGGGCCACCGAACUGGCCCACCACCAACCCACCGUUCGCAUGUCCGCAUCGGCAUCCGCGCUCAACCACCACACGGCCGCGGCCGCUGCCGGCUCCUCGAAUCAUCACCAUCUCGCUAGUCAUCAUCUCAGUGAUAGUAGAAGUAUUAAUAGUUUAACUAGAAGUAAGCAUGCGUCGUCCAAAAGUCUCAACGCGAUCGUCAUGGAUCAACAGCAGGCCCGGGCACGGUCUGGGGUGGUCGGAGGAGCGGUCGGUGCGGGCGCCACCACCAACGGAACCAUCACCACGGGCGAAGGAGGAUGCGCGAACGACGUCUCGGAGGCCGGUUCGAACGGCGCAAGCAAACGGAUGGAAAAGGAAGCGUCGACCACGUUGAUCCAGGACGCCGAAACGGGCAUCAUCCGCAAGAAAAACCAACGAAGCGCGUGGAACCUGCUGCUGCGAAUCCUGAUGCAGGCAUUCACGAUGACGUUCCUCGCCGAGUGGGGCGACCGGUCCCAGCUGACCACCAUCAUUCUGGCGGCCCGUGAGAACGUGUACGGCGUCAUCAUUGGCGGUGUGAUUGGGCACGCCAUCUGCACCGGGCUGGCCGUCAUCGGCGGGCGCAUGAUUGCGCAGAAGAUCUCCGUGAGGACUGUGACCCUCAUCGGUGGCGUCGUGUUCCUACUGUUUGCCGUGAGUGCGCUGUUUUUCAGCCCCGAAGAGGAACCAGUUAACGUUCCGUAAGGUUUGACCUCCCCCCCUGGAUUAUUGAAGAAGAAAACGUUCCACUGUACCAUGCCUCAUCUUGGCGCGCGCCUUUAUUCAAGCAUAGUUUACCACCCAUCCAUUUGUUGCCGUAGUUUAAUGAACCUUAUUGAAAACACACACAAAAAUUGAUUGGAGUUGUUUGAUUUGGAGGGUAGAAGUGUUUGACUGAACUGACUCAAAGAGCCCCAGUUUUGGUAAAAAUAAAAUAAAAGCAGGGACGUAGUUUGAAGCAAGAAGCUAGAGUAAAUCACGCAUUUUUGUAAACCGCUUCUUCGUAGAAACAGUUGUUCAGAAUUUUAAGGAAAGUAAAGUUAGAAUCAAUCGUGUUUUUUAGGUUUUUUGGACAAACAAUUGAGUAGCAAUUCUGACUGAAAUUCGACCGUUUUUUGAACAGCUCUGUUAGGAAACGAAGAAAGGAAACUUAUCAUUGCCGGUUUCUUGUCUUGAAGUCCAACAAGUUGAACGCUCUUUGAAGAUUGUGUGCUUAGAAACAGAAUGUAAGAUAUAAAAUUGUGAAAUAUAGAAAUAAUUGGUAAAUUUGAA